UCAAUGCUCAAGUAUGUAUUUGUCUGGCGGAUUGAAUAAGAGUAAAUCGUGUAGUUAGUUCAAUAACGAAUAAAGUUGGCCUGUAACAAGUGAUGCCAUGAAGCCUCAUCGAGCUCAUCUCGUGCUAACGUCGUCGUCGUGUAACGAAUGCUAAAUACAAACCUCUUUCAUGUAUGAAUUUCCUUUCGUAACUAAAGAGUAUAGUUGUAAGUGUCUGGCAGGCGAGAAAGCUGUUGUAAAACAGAAGGCGCGCGCGCGUCAGUGUCAGAUGCUCGUCGGCGGGUCGCGUGUGUCCGCGGUGUGUGUCCCGAAGCGAGCAUGUGGUGGCUGGCCAACCCCAUCAGCAUCAACAACUACUAUGAGUUCAAGCAGUUCGAGUCCAUCCUGUUCGAAAAAUAACCUGCAAAGGUGGGUGUGAGGCAUGCUGAUGCAGCUGGUGGCGACGGUGGCGCUGGCGCUGGGGCUGGCGCCGUGCGUGCUGCAGCGCGCCUGCCCCGCGCGGCGCCCGCGCCCGCCCUCCACCGUCUGCAUGCACCGCAUCCCCUCCGCGCGGAACGAUCGCGCUCACAAGUCUGGAACAAGAGUAUCAAGAAGUAGCAUGAAAAAGAAGAGGAUAGCAGUAUAAAGUUACUCGAAACUCCAACGCGUUUUUGGUUUAAAAGAAAUCUUCUAAAUUUUAAAGAAAUUAUUGCACUUUCACGAAAAUAAGAAAAUUUGGUUGGCCGUCUGUGUCAAGGUAGAUGAUAAACACUAAAUUGUCGAGUACACAAUCGCAAGUGUCGUUGUCGCGUGGUAGCGGUGGCGAGUGAUGCGGCGGCGCAUAUAUCGGUCGCCGGAGAGCUACACGCGCGAGUACUCCUGCAAGCGCUGCGCGGGCUGCCACUGGCUGAUGUGCUGCUUCACGUGCCGCUGCGCUUGCCACCGGACCGUCACAUGACUUGCUCUCGUGCGCUGGCGCUGCUCGCGCUCGUCGCUCUCACGCAACAGGCAACAACAGUAUGCAAGAAUUGUAUAAUGCUGGGUAAGGAGGAGAAGGCGAUGUUCCGCGCGCACUCGGCGGCGUGCGCGGAGCAGUCGCGCGUGGCGCCGCGGCAGCUGGACGCGCUGCUGGCGGGCCGCCUGCACGACUCGCCCGCGCUGCGCCGCCACGUCUACUGCGUGCUGCUCAAGUGCAAGCUGGUGGGCAAGGACGGCAAGCUGCACAAGGCCGCCGUGCUCGGCAAGAUCGCCGCCAGGCCUGAUGCUAAGAACGCUACCAAGGUCCUGGAGAGCUGCGCAGACCAGGCGGGCGACUCGCCCGAGGACCUGGCGUGGAACCUGUUCCGCUGCGGCUACGACAAGAAGGCGCUGCUCUUCGACUACAUGCCCACCAACGUGGCGGCCGACGUCGACAACACCUCCUAGUGCGCUCGCACACACACAGAUGGCGCUGUUCGUCAUUUUACUUAGUCAUAUAUUUCAUUCAGAGAUAGCCCUAUAAACAUAGUUUUCAUCCUAAGAAAUUAUUCUUGUAUUUACCUUCGAACCAUGUUUUCAAAACAUUUUCGUUAUAUCUUUUAUUAUGCCGUUGCUAUGUUUCCCAUUACAUAUAUAUAUUUACUAACCCAAA